AUGGUGGCAAGUCUACGGAACGUGCGGGGAUCUCACUCGUCGAAGUUGCUGCCAAAGAGUACUGUGACUACGAAGACGCCUCCUGGUGAGCUUGGUUGCUCUGGGCAGGAGGUUGAGCUGGUUUCCUCUCCCUUGUUUGUCGUGGCCUCGGAUGAGGAGGAGGAGCUGUAUCGCGUCGUCUCGCCAAUUCGUACACCGCGCGCAGUACGUGCGCCGGUGUCUUCGAGACCUGACGUGCCGCCAAGCGCCACGCCGUGUCCGACGUCACUGACACCUAAGAAUGUGCAAUCUGUGGGGCAGGCACAUCUCACUCGGCCGCUGCGCAGGAGCCAGCUGCGUGUAGCACCGACAGGUGGCAGCGAUUCCGAUACGCAGGGGGAGGAAGACAAUGCCGACAGACUUGAGACACCAGACGCUGACGGAAGGCAUUCGCGCCCUGGCAACGACUGCGCGAGAGAGACUGAGGAGAACGACGCGGAGCAGCAGUUAGUAGACGAGUUCGGCUUCGUGAUUGACGAGGACACCAAGGAGAGGGAUGGAAAGUACAUCCGCCGCAUUGACGGGAAGCAGGUGGUUCGGCGGGAGAUCAAGUGGGCCAACAUGGCAGCUGACUGGAACACAACGAACACGAAGAUGCACGCCAAGCUGAAAGAGCGCUGCCGCAAAGGCAUCCCCAGCCGCUUCCGCGGUGUUGCGUGGCAGCUGCUUAUGGGCUCCUUCCAUCACCUGAACUCUGAAGAGAACAGUGGCGUCUAUGUGGCACUGCGAGACAAGAAGCUCGCGGACAAGGAAGUAGACGCGAUCAUAUCGCGUGACCUUGCUCGAACGUUUCCCACCCACAUUCUCUUUCAGGAUACCGGUGGCGUUGGGCAGGUCUUCCUGCGCAACGUCCUGCACGCGUACGCUGGAUGCGAUCCGGAGGUGGGCUACGUGCAGGGCAUGAGCUUCCUCGUCGCGGCGCUAUCUACGCAAAUGGCGGAGGAGGAGUCCUUCUGGGCCUUGCACGAGAUGAUGUACAACGAGCGGUAUAAGAUGCGGGAGUUGUUCCGGCCUGGAUUCCCGUUGCUACAGCAGUUUUUCUACCAGCUCGAGCGUCUGAUUGCGCGACUGCUACCGCGACUGUCGAAGCGGCUCGACGAGCUCGAGAUUCAGCCCUCUUUCUUUGCCUCGCAGUGGUUUCUGACGCUGUUUGUGAAUCAUUUUCCCUUCAGGGCGCUUCUGCGAGUGUGGGACAUCUUUUUUUCGGAGGGCUGGAAGAUUAUCUUUCGCACCGGUAUUGCGCUCAUGAAAUGGGAGGAGCCUCACCUCUUGACCCUGUCGUUUGAGGAUAUGCUGCUGGCGCUCAAGAGUCUGCAGGAUGGCAAAGACGCCCGUGAGCUGCUUCGCCGCGCGCACCGUGUGAAGUUCAAGACGGCGGAGCUGAAUCGUUAUGGUGACGAGUACUGGGAGAAGAUGGGCUUUAUUCAUCGAGACUGA